ACGAGCGUCACCUGGAAGUCCAGCAGAGCGAACGGUAGACGUGAAUGGUCGCUCUUUACAACAUGCAUCUUUAGGCUUGUCUUGGCACAUUUGGACAAUCAUAUCAACCCCAAUCAAAUUCAGCAAUCGCUCACAUAUCUGCAGGGUGAUCGGUGAGCCAUGCCACCUGCACAGGGAGACUGCCCCCAUCUGGAGUGCGUCGGGGAGAUCACCAAGGAGGAACUCAUUCAGAAGUCCCAUGGCCAGUGUCAAGACUGCAAAGUUGGUGGACCAAAUCUCUGGGCGUGUCUGGAGAACGGCUGUGUGUAUGUCGGAUGUGGGGAGUCGCACGCCGACCACAGCACAGUCCACUCCCAGGAGACGCGCCACAACCUGACGGUGAACCUGACCACGCUGCGAGUGUGGUGCUACGCCUGCAGCAAGGAGGUGUUCCUGGAGCGCAAGCUGGGCCCCGGGUCCCCCCUGGCUGACGGCAGGACCCUCCCAUCCCCCCAGGGCGCCACUCCGGAGAAUGGCGGUCGGGCCCCUGGAAGCCCCGCCUCCCUGCGGCUGCCCUCCCCUAACGGCGCCGGUGACGACCUGGACAUGGAGACGGAGGAGGACGACGAGCAACGGACCAGAGGUUUGACCGGGUUGAAGAACAUUGGCAACACCUGCUACAUGAACGCCGCUCUCCAAGCCCUGUCCAACUGUCCGCCGUUGACACAGUUCUUCCUUGAAUGUGGUGGGCUAGUGAGGACUGACAAGAAGCCUGCGCUGUGCAAAAGCUACCAGAAACUAGUGUCAGACCUCUGGCACAAGAACAGGCCUUCCUAUGUGGUCCCGACCAAUCUGUUCCAAGGGAUCAAGUCCAUCAACCCCAUGUUCAGAGGGUACUCCCAGCAGGACUCGCAGGAGUUCCUGCGCUGCCUGAUGGACCAGCUCCACGAGGAGCUGAAGGAGACCCAGACGGAGCCCGGCGACGACCAAUCCAACGGCGUCGCCGGGGACGACGGCCCCGAGGACGACAACCGCAGCCAAUCGGAGAACGACUUCCAGUCGUGCGAGUCCUGCGGCAGCAGCGAACGGGCCGACUGCGAGGCACAGGGCGGCGGCGGCGGCGGCGUGGUGGGCGUGUCCACGGCGGACCGGCCGGCGGCGGACGACAACGCCAACGAGGCGGAGAUGCUGGUCCCCGAGCGGGACGAGGUCACGGCCAACCGCUCGUGGCAGAAGGAGAAGAACAUGAUCAACGACGCGUACCGCUCCGGGGUCAGCGGGGGCGGGGACAUGGGCGCCGACCUGGACAAGGACAUCGACACCGCCGCCGCCGCCACCACCAACGAGAACACGUCCUUCAUCUGCAGCCAGGGGGCGCUCAAGGUCCAAGGCAACAACACAGAGUCCUUCCAGGACAUCCAGGUGUCCAGCACCACCCGGCCACAGUCUCCCGUCCCCAUGGAAGGACACCAUCCCAAACUCUCCAGCAGCCCGCCGAAAGCCUCCUCCGUUUGGCCCAACCUCAACUCUGCUCACAAGAAAGCGGUCACUUCCUUCAACCCCCCGAAGAACAAGCGCCAGAAGAAGUAUCGCAGCGUGGUGACGGACAUCUUCGACGGCACCAUCGUCAGCGCGGUGCAGUGCCUCACCUGCGACCGGGUGUCUGUGACCCUGGAGAACUUCCAGGACAUCUCCCUGCCCAUCCCGGGGAAGGAGGACCUGGCCAAGCUGCACUCGUCCACCCACCAGACGUCUCUGGUCAAGGCGGGCUCCUGUGGGGAGGCCUACGCACCCCAAGGCUGGAUCUCCUUCGUCAUGGAAUACAUCAAGAGCUGGUUCUGGGGUCCAGUAGUCACGCUACAGGAUUGUCUCGCAGCCUUCUUUGCCAGGGAUGAACUAAAAGGGGACAACAUGUACAGCUGUGAAAAGUGCAAGAAGUUACGAAACGGAGUCAAAUUCUGCAAAGUACAGAGUUUGCCCGAGAUCCUCUGCAUCCACCUGAAGCGCUUCCGGCACGAGCUGAUGUUCUCCACCAAGAUCGGCACCCACGUGUCCUUCCCCCUGGACGGCCUGGACCUGCAGCCCUUCCUGGGCAAGGACAGCGCCGCGCAGACCACCUCGUACGACCUGCUGUCCGUCAUCUGUCACCACGGCACCGCCAGCAGCGGCCACUACAUCGCGUACUGCCGGAACGACCUCAACAACCUGUGGUACGAGUUUGACGACCAGAGCGUGACGGAGGUCUCCGAGUCCUGCGUGCAGAACGCCGAGGCCUACGUGCUCUUCUACAAGAAGAGCAGCGAGGAGGCUGUGAAGGAGCGGCGCCGGGUGACGGCGCUGAUGAACAUGAUGGAGCCCAGCCUGAUGCAGUUCUACGUGUCCCGCCAGUGGCUCAACAAGUUCAGGACCUUCGCAGAGCCCGGGCCCAUCUCCAACACCGACUUCCUGUGCUCGCACGGGGGGGUGCCCCCCAACAAGGCCACGUGCAUCGACGACCUGGUGGUGAUGCUGCCGCAGAACGUGUGGGACCACCUGUACAGCAGGUACGGAGGAGGGCCUGCCGUCAACCACCUGUACGUCUGCCACACCUGCCAGACGGAGAUCGAGAGGCUCGAGAAGCGCCGCAGGACGGAGCGGGACAUGUUUGUGCGGCUGAACAAGGCCUUCCAGGAGGAGGAGUCUCCAGUGGUCAUAUACUGCAUCAGCAUGCAGUGGUUCCGAGAGUGGGAGGGCUUUGUCAAAGGAAAGGACAAUGAUCCACCAGGGCAAAUCGACAACUCCAAGAUUGCAAUGAACAAGAAUGGCCAUCUGACGCUUAAACAAGGAGCCGACUCGGGGCAGAUCUCGGAGGAGACGUGGAACUUCCUCCACUCCAUCCACGGCGGCGGUCCCCUGGUGACGGUCCGGCCCAGCGUCAGCCACCAGGAGCCGGAGUCGUCCCAGUCCGAGGAGAAGAUAGAGUGGGAGACGCGCUCCGUGUGACCGAUCCACCCCGGGGAAACCUCCCCACUCAGAGAGAACCCACACUCACCAACUAACAAUUAAACCACCUUUUUGUUUUGCACUUGACUUUUAAUUUGAAAAGCUUUGGAGGGAAGAACCUCAUCCCCACCGCUUUGAGGCCGGCGUUGAACUCCAGACGCCGCAUCUGAGCCCGCCGAUUGGUUCACGUCCCGUUGUAUAUAUCUGUUAAUAGCGCUCUUAAAUUUUUAUCAGGACUGUAGUAUCCACGUGUUAGAAUGUUUCCAGACAGUCUGCCAAAUCCGACUUUAGAUGAACGUCUUAGGUCGGACGCCAGACUAGCUCACAUCUGGGUGAAUGGGGCCUUUCAUCUCGUCUCCCCCCAGAAGUUAUGCUAUAACAUAGUAGUAAUACUGGGUAUGAGAUUACCACACCGCAAACAUUGAACUUUCACAUAGAUAAAUGUGCAGCUAAUGAUUCCAUUGAAAGCCCAACAUAGUUUAUUCUUGACCAAAUGAGCAUACGUGUAUUUGUCUAGUUUUGUUUAUGAUUAUUCACAUUGCAUCUUGCUGUAUAUUGAACCGAACGUUCCUGUUGCAUAAGAAUACUGUCCAAUGAAAAAUGACAGACGAGCACUGACACUUGACAAUAAUCUUGAGAUUAUUAAGGGACUAAAUACUAAGUGGUCUUGGGAAAUGUUGUGUUUUGCAAUGUUCUAUAGAUGGGCGAAGUGGCAUGCUAACACAAAUGUGUGGUUGUAUUUGAAUGUACCAGUACUUGUAGUACAUGGGUAAUGUCUGGUUGUAUUUGAAUGUACCAGUACUUUAUAGUACAUGGGUAAUGUUUCCAAGCACUUACUUAUUUAUCCCACUAGGGUAUCAUUUACUAUGAUGUGGAAUUUACCUUUAUAGAAAAUGUGACGGUCGGUUCUGAAUGCAUGUUUUGACCACACUUAUUCACAAGCAAGACCCCCAGCUGUGCUUCCCGUAAGCUACAACGAAAUUCUAAGCUAUCCAUUAAACGUGUACAUAAUCGUAACACUUACAGUUUCACUCAAUUGUAAGUGCUCCAAAUACUUAACCAAAUGUAUGUUUUCAUUACAAAUCUGAAGGCAUUGUAUAUGAGCAUGGUGUUGCUAAAUUUGAAUGAUGACGAGGGAUAAAUAAUGAAUGUUGCACUAUUCCAUAUUGCAUUUAGGACAAUAAAUUGGUUCUCAUUCUGCUCGCUGAUACGAUUAAAAUGUUAAAGUGUGUGUUAA